UAAACACUCCGCUGCUAUGACAACUGGCAACAGCAACAGUGCAGUGCGGUGUGUGUGUCGGCUCCUGAAUGUCUCACGGAGGGUCUUCGGGGAGCCUGUUGGCGGAGGAGGACAUGGAGGAGCUGAGAGGAGCAGCGGCGGAGUUCUACCGGCAGAGCGGAGUCGUGCGGGAGCUGGAGGAGGCUCUGGACCAGCUCUUCCGGCGGCGGCCGCGUGACCUUCACGGCUUCCUGGCAGAUUACUUCGACAAGCUCUCCGCUCCACCACUGAUCAGCAGACUCAAAGGACGGGAGGUCUACGAUGCCAGAGGACAGCUUUGUAUCGAGGCAGAGGUCUUCUGUGUUGUUCGAAACACUGAAAAGAGCGUUUCUUCAGCUGCCGUGUCCUGCUGUCUGGAUCCAAAGACGACUUCAGCUGACUCAGAGGAUGAGGAGAGGACUGAGCACGUGACGACUGCAGCCCAGUGGAUCAACGGACCUCUCAGCAACAUGCUGAAAGACAGAAGCCCAUGUGACCAGUCAGAGGUCGACCAGGUGCUCAGUGAUUUCUUCAUGACUCGCUGCCUGGAGGAGAAAGAGAUGAUGAUCCAUUCUCCCAGCAUGGAGGAAGAGUCCAGCCCUUCAUCUCCACCUGCACAGGACAAAGACAAGAAGAUCAGAGAUAAAGGCAAAAAGAACAACACCGUAGAAAAGCCGUUUCCUCCAGCAGAGCCACCAGAGCCGGUUCUACAUGGCAGCACAGCCAUCGGGUCGGUGUCGCUGGCUGUAGCCAAAGCUGGGGCUGAACUUCAGCGAAUCCCUCUCUAUGAUCACAUCGCAGCCUUGAAGAGCCAUCAGGUUGGAGACAACCAGGAAAGGUUCCACAUCCCCGUCUCCUUGGUAACCCUGAUCUGCUGUGGGAGGACUUCUCCAGGAAAACUCAACCUGCUGGAGGAAGUCAUACUGGUCCCCAAACCAGGACAGCCAGUCAUACAAACCGUCACCAUGACCCUGCAGCUACAGAAGGAGAUGAUGAGAAUAAUGACCGCAACAAGAGCCGGGGCUGUGCAGGCUGUUGAGAGUGUCAGAGGAGCGCCGGCCGUGAGCUCGGAGCGCCCUGAGCAGCUGCUGGAUCUGAUCGGCGAGGCCUGCUCAAACCUUCAGCUCCAGCUGGGGACGGACGCUCAUUUAGCUCUCAACUGUGCAGCACACAAGCUCCUGGACUACUCUAAAGGAAAGUAUGAGGUCGCAGCAGGAGUUCUGAAGUCUCCAGAUGAGCUGGUGGACUUGUACCAAACCCUCCUCCACAGACAUCCAGCUGUGGUGGCUUUAAUUGACCCAUUCAGGAGGGAGGACAAGGAGCAGUGGGAGAAGCUCAGCAGUGCAGUUGGAAAUGCGUGUUCUUUAAUCUCAGACGUCACCAACGUGUCUCAGCUUCCUGUGGGAGGGAAAGGAUGCAUAGUGAAGCUCGUCCACGAGACCACAAUCAGCGACCUGAUCCGCAUCUCAUCACAGCCUGGUUCAGUGAUGCUGGGGCUGACACAGAGUGAACCCUGCAGUGAUGCCUCGCUCUCAGAUUUGGCUGUGGGUCUGGGCCUGGACUACAUCAAACUGGGAGGUCUACACGGUGCUGAGAGGAUGACCAAAUACAACCGCCUGAUUUCAAUAGAGGAAGAACUGGCCCAACGGGGAAUCCUAGUGAACAAGGACAAACACUCGCCUCCGUUCCCAGGAGCCGUCCUCCACAGCUGAGGCUCUCCUGUCUGAGGAAAUCCUGGAACGUCUUUCAACAUUUCGUCUGAAUCAUCUGAAACGUUUUGUUAUAAUAUAACAUGUAUUUGAAAUAAAAUAAAUGAAUCUGAAACCCUUCAGAGGGAGGCUGUGGCCGAACGCGGCCCUCAGAGAAAUAUCCACUUCA